AUGUUAACCCCUGCAUCCCUGCGCUGCUUACUGCCUCUUGGAAGAAAGAAAGGACUCUCUCUGCUGCAGACAUGUAGGAUCACUGGAACCCAGGGCAGACUCACAGCAGGGGCAGCUGCAGCUGGGGUAACAGAGGGGGAGAAGAGAUAUAAGACAUUUGAUGAUCUCCCUGGACCCAACCUCCUCACUAGCAUCUACUGGGUCUUCCUUAAAGGAUACUGGCAGUACUCACAUGAAUUGCAAGUAAGUACCCCCCUCCACCUGCAGGGAACCAGAAUAUAUCACCUGUUAUGUGCAGGUUUGCCAAUGCCAUAAGUGAUCUGAGAAGUCUACCUACCUUACACCUGCUCAUUCUCAUAUUCAAUCCAGUAGUUCAUGUUUGCUGUACACACUGUGCUACUUACAUUGAGACGUCCUUAUAGGCAGGGUAUUUGUUCCAUUUGUCACGUAUUGUGUGAAGGUUCUGUUUUGUUUACCUUUUGUACAGUGCUGCCGAAUAUAUUGACACUUUAUAAAUAAAAAACCCUUUACUGAAUACUAACUGUGUGCUUGAGCUUUUAGUGUUAAAAAGCAUUAAUGAAUAUAAACACAAUUAGGUCACCUUACUACUAAGGUACAGCUACAGCAGCUAUCACUAUGAGGUUUGGUAUUUAACACCCAUCACCCCUAGCCAACUUUAAACAAUGAAGGUCUAGUAUAAUAAUCCAAGCACUGAUUUAAACGUUAUAUUUACUUACUGCAUGGUUUCCCACCGUAGCAUCCUAGGUGGAAACAUUGUUAAACAUUGGAGAAACCACCCAGCAACUAAAUGGCGUGAUAGAUACAUAGACAGACACCCCAUUAAACACCACAAAGAAGGAUCUUCCUGCACUCCUGUGAGAACAUUGUGCCCAGCCUGACCACUCAAUCAAGGACCUACAAAUCACUGAGAGGGGAUUUUAAAAAUACCCAAGAAAGAAAAAAGUUUGAAGCCAGAAUGGUCCAAUUUGUUGACAGUAAGAAUAUAGGGCUAAAUGUUGAUUUGGGUUUUCGAUCCCAGUACCAACAUUUUAAAUGACUCCCCCUCUUCAUUAUCUCACUGUUCUGUCAUAUGUAUCCACAUUUUAAAAUACAACCUAUGACAUGUUUAUUAUACCAAUAUAUAAAGUAUUAUGUACAGACAUGGAAUUCCCCAUACUAAAAUAAAAAAAAUAAAAAAAUAUUUAGAGUGAUCGCAUGUGCAGCUCGGUGUUUAAGUCUCCGCAUAUAGACUUUCAUCAGGCCCUGAUAUAUGUACACACAAAACCCCACUAACAGUGGUCCUAAUGUAUAUAUAGAUAUAUAUAUAUACACAUUUCACAUCACAGAGCUGGAUAGGUUGAGUAAAGUAUAGAGCAGGUGCGUUUCGCCCAAAUUACCGGCAAAUAAAAGGAGGAAUGCGUUGGUUAGAGUGGUUGAUCAUUGGAAAAUGGCUGUUGUGGUUAAUGAAGAAAUAAGUAAAGUGAUUAACUGUAAUUUGAAGACAGUGUAUGGAAAUGGAGAUUGUGUGUUAGAGAGUUCCAGAGAUAGGAAGCAGCUGGGAGGAGGUAUUGUAAACAAGAGAUUAGUUAUAUGAUAAGAGGGGCCUCAAACCAAGUAAGGGAGGGAAUGCAUUGUAAUUACAAUCUAAAUGUGACAGGGGUGGGAGCUGAAUUCAGGAGUCUGUAAGGAAGGGUAAAAGCUGACAUUUUCCUUUCUGGAUGGGGCUUAAUACGUAUGCACUAAAAUGUGGUAUCUUACCCUUUAAUAACAGUGAUACAUCAGCAGGAGAGCAGCAUAUGCCAAAACAAAAUAGACAAAAUAUAGUGCAGAUGGUACAAUGUCCACAAGUGAGGUAUAGCUCCAAUAACUAGGAGCACUCACACGAAGCAGAGCCUGGUGACAAUAAGGCUCAGUGUUCGCACAGGCUUUUCCUUUGCAGGUAGCAACACACCUUUCUUCUCAUAAAACACUACACUCAAAAGGGAAAAGAAAAAAAGGCCGUAAUAGUGCAGACAUAUAAAUCACUUAUCAAUCAUUAACAAACAAGCUGGAUGUGCUCACCGGGAUAAGAGCCAAAUAGGUCCUGACUCUAGGUAUGUAAGCUUGGUGUCACUCAUGGGGUGACACUGCCCACAGCUGUAUACCAGUGGAUGAAGGUGCUUGAUACUGAUAAAAUAUACUAUGAAAAUAUACUAUGGAGAUACUAAAGGGACUCUCCAGUGCCAGGAAACAAUCCGUUUUCCUGGCACUGCAGGUCCCCUUCCCUCCCACCCCCCAAUCCCCGGUUGCUGAAGGGGUGAAAAACCCCUUCAGUCACUUACCAAAGGCAGUGACGAUGUCCCCCGUCGCUGCUUCUUGGUCCGCCGGUCCUCCCCUUCCUCACGUCAGCUGGUGGGGGAGACUAAUCACGCCCGCCGGCUGGGGAGACCUAAUGCGCAUGCGCAGCAAUGCCGUUCACUCACAUUAGACCUCUCCAUAGGAAAGCAUUAAAAAUGCUUUUCAAUGCUUUCCUAUGGGGAUUUUAGCGAUGGUGGAGGUCCAGUGACGCUAUAGCACAGAAACUCUGUGCUAUGGACCAGGAAGUGCCCUCUAGUGGCUGUCUAGAAGACAGCCACUAGAGGAGGCGUUAACCCUGCAAGGUAAUUAUUGCAGUUUAUGAAAACUGCAAUAAUUACAGUUGCUGGGUUAAGGGUAGUGGGAGAUGGCACCCAGACCACUCCAAUGAGCAGAAGUGGUCUGGGUGCCUGGAGUGUUCCUUUAAAUAUACUAUGGAGGUACUAAAUAUAUAACAAUAUUUAUUAAUACUCACAUAACAAAGUGCCAAAACGCAUUUCGCCAAUAAUCUAGACUUCUUCAAUUAGCUUAAGAUCCCUGGUAUGCUGUCACCCACAAUCCAUUAAUGUUUGCCUGUCACAGGCUCUCAUUUGUAUCAGCACUGUCCCCUGUUUUUGGUCGUAUUCACCUGCUGUAUUUGUUGUAUCAGUGCUGCACCCUACUGUUACCUUUUGUCACCAGUUCUCCUUUGCUAUAUCAGUGCUAUCUCCUGCUGUCACAAUAUUUUUACUCACAAUCCCUAAUGCUGCUCUUCUCCUCUCUACUGCCCUCUACUGUCCUCUUUAUAUACUCCUACAUGCAUCACACAGAGUUCCUUUAACCCAAUAAAAGUCUAGUGCACUAAACAGUUCCUCAAUCCCUGAUAUCAGAAGAAAACAUUGUAUUCAGUGUGAAUAAAUCGCAGUAACAUAUUUACUCAUUUAUUCACAUGUUUAAGGUUUUACUAAACUGGCUCAACCCUUGAUCGACUGCUACAAACUGAAUAAGAGAUCAAUGGUUCAAUAUCUGAAUUAUAGAUCAUGCAGGCUUCUCUUAAAAUGGAAGAACGUUUAAUAAAUUAAAAUGUUCCCUUAGGAAACAAUGAAAUAGCAAUUAAAUGUGCGUGCUGAUACAUUAUGAUGUCAAGUAAUUAAACGUUCAGACUUAUUCUGUGAAUUGGGAAUUAACUAUGAAAUUCAAAAUAGCCAAACGGGUUAAAUCCUCAAACUCGGCUAUUUUCCCAGUUUGGUUAUUUGGGGCUAAAACUUGAGUUGCCUUUGUCGGUUCUCCACAACUGUUUACCGGUUCGGUGAAUCAAUUAUAAUCUGUUAUUAGAACCUUCUGAAAUUAAAGUCCCAAUGGGACAACUCUUUUUCAGGGAGUAUUUAAGAAGAAAUAUGGCCCGAUCUGGAAAACCACUUUGGGUCGAUACAAAGUCGUGAAUGUUGUCGAUGUGGAUCUAGUGGAAACAAUCCUGAGGAAGGAAGGGAACUAUCCAAUAAGGAAUGAUAUGGAGCUCUGGAAAAUAUAUCGUCGUAUGCGAGAUCUGGAGCUCGGACCAUUUACAGUGUGAGUACAAAGAAUGCAGUCUGUAUACAUUCCAUGUCCUGGAGUCUGGAAAAUCCCAAUGUAUGCAUUGGAGAAAACACACGUCACGGCCGUACAAAGCUAAAUACACAGAAUUUCACAGAAAAGAGGAAACUGCUCUGGUGAAAUGUCAUACAUGUUACAAUGCAAAAAUACACUUACAGGGUGAUUUGCUAAAGUGAGAAUUUUCAGGAAUUCAAAGUUAAUUUCAUAUUGAAGGCCGAAAUAACUGAACAAUAAGUAAAGCUGACUUGGAGAUUUUUUUACAAUUCAGUUAUUUUAGCCUUAAAUUGAAAUUCACUUUCAGUUCUCUUGGAAUUUUCAGCAAUUCUCCCUUUGGUAAAUACUUCCUUUUAUUUAUUAUAACAUUAAUUACGCUAUGAGCUGCCCUUUGUAUUUUUACUCUCUAUGUGUUUUUAGAGAGCUACCAAUCUUAAAUGUUAAAAUCAUCUAAAAUUGAAAUUUAAGAAUGUCCGGAAAGAUAAUUUGUACUUUAAUCACAGCUUGCCAAUUUUAACCUAAAUUUUAAACCUGAUUUCCAGUUCACUAUUAUUUAUUGUUUAGUGGAUAAAGCCCUAAAUCAAUGCUUUCCUUUAUAUUCUUGGUUUGCUUUUUGGAAUGUAUAGAUUAGUUGAUUGUAUCAUGAUUGGUAGUUUGUACUCUGUAAUAAAAAAAACAAAGUUUUCCUCUUUGUUCAAUUCUCGAACAUUGAUUAUAUUUUCCUUUUAGUUUAAUACUGUGGGUCACUAGUUAGUUCCCCAGUUAAAUGUUUUAGGGAAUGGAGAAAAGAUGGUAUAUCCUAUAAAGUAGGCUUCUCAGGCCGAUACACAUGCAGUUUUGGUGUUGACCUAGCCAGUGCUCUGACAAUAUUAAAGAAAGUCUGAGUAUUCAGAAUAUCCAUGAAUGGAUAGUGGCGAGUGUACAUUCUGAGUCCUCCUAAGACAGGAAAAAAAUCAAGAAGUGAUCCGAGAAGAAGUGCCUUAAUGAUAGAAUUUAUUUCCAAUCUGCCUCCUACAGCAUAUGAUGACUACAUACGUGGGCGAUCUAACCAGCCUACCCACAGAACAGCUGGACAUGGAAGGUACAAGGAGUUUUAGUUUUUAGCAUGGUAGCCUUAUCUUUAUUCUUAGCAGAAAUAAGGAAAUUCCAGAUUAGUUGGAGAUACGUUUACAUCUGGAUGGUUGGGCCGUGAAAAUGAUCUUCCCUACAGAGGUGACAUUGUCUAGGGACACCAGCCAUAGACUAUAGUACAAGGAGAUCCAUAACCUCAAGUUGGAUGUGAGGAAAUCAGGGUGUAGACUAGCUCGAAUGUGGAAUGUGGAUUUAUUUUUGCUUUUAAAUGAAGGAGCAAACUAGGAGAGGUCUGAGGACUUGGUACAAUAUGGCGGAGAAGGCGAACAGACACAGCUAACAGGUUGUACAUAGGAGAAGAGAGAUAUUAUUCCUGGGCUGCUAUUGGCUAGAUAGAAGAUAAAACCUAAAGGGACACUAUACGCAGAGUAACUGCAUCAUCUGAUUGAAGUGGUUAUAGUGUCUGGAGUUCCUUGCUGCUGUACUUCCAUUCAGACUUAAACAUUUUUAAUGUUUUAAUGCUAAACGACAAUCCCAGCAGCUUAUCUUGUCUUUAUUGCUUAAGUUAAAGAGGAAUCAUUAGACUGAGCAGUAAUGGGUGGCCAUGAUUAGCUAAGAGUGUCAGCUGACCACAGUCAUCCUAUCACAGUAUAUAUUGCAGGUAUGAAUUGGUAUGGCUAAUAGGAAAUUAUUAAUCUUUGUUUAGCCACACCUCCAGUGGGAGCCGGCUGUGGGAGGACAGGGAUCCUUAUUUAGUGUUAAACUGUUCAAAAAUAGUUUAACACUGAAUGGAGGGACAUUCAACGAGAUGGAUUGGUUACAGUGUCUUUUUAAAGAGUAUAAAUAAUAAAAUAAUCCAGGCUGCAAAGGAUUAGUUAAAGCAGACCUGUCUUUUUCUCAUGCCCCCUGUAUCUUAAUAAUUAUACUUCACUCCAUUUAUAUUUAUAUUUUUUUAUUCCUUGUGCCGGAUCUCUAUAUCUGGGAACAGCCAUUUUGUUCUCCUUUGUCUACACGAUGCCCACUUUAAUCCCUCCUGGAGGGGUUGGUUUUUACUGAUGGAUUGUGUGGGUAAAUCUGAUUGGUUAACUGAAACAGAACCUUGCUUUCAGCUCCUUGUUUUGUCAACUCAACUGCUAUACCUGAAGAAAAGUAGUCCCUUCUUUUAUUCAUGUAUUUAAUUAAACUAGCGUGCUCAAGAAAUAAGUGAAAAAUAUAUUCAGACACAAGAGGCUCUAGAGAAACAGAUUAGAUGAAAUAAAUUUUUGGUGACAGAGACACUUUAAGAGGAAUUGACUGGUAUAACCAGAGACCUAAUUAGCACUAACUUAAACUACAAGCGGUUUAACUAGCACUAACAAUAAAGAAGUUAACUGAGUGUAAUGGAGAAGGGAGCUGCCGUGUAUAAUGGGAGCUGUCUGGUACCCAGGGGUGCACGUCACAUGACCCUUAAUCUCUCUAUAAGUCUUUAACUGAAAAUGGACAUAUCACUCAAAAAUAACUUCACAAAUGUAAAAUAAAAGGAUAGCACAAGCACCCAGUGAAACCUACAGUUUGCAGAGUGAUAUGCCUUCCAAUGAGACUUGUUUGUUGCCAUAUUGGUUGGUGAUAGAGUUUAUAUCUGUAUUGAACACCCUGACCUGUGCUUUAGGGAAGGCCACCGCUGGAAGACGUUACGGACCGUGCUAAAUACUAGAAUGCUGAAACCAGGAGAGGCGCUCUUAUACACAGAUUAUAUUAACGAAGUGGUUACAGACUUUCUGCUGAGACUGGAUGAAUUAAGGGAGAAUUCUUCAUCUGGAGUCAUGGUGGAGGAUGUGCUAAAGGCAAUGUACAGAUUUGCCUUUGAAGGUAAUAACAUUUCAUAUACUCGAUAUGUGCGCACCAUACUGAAAGAGGGGAGUGUUGCUUUUAACUAAUCAGUACAUAAAAAGUUAUCCCUUUAUUACAGCUAGCACUAAACACUAGGAAAUGGUAGUUAGAGGUGUAGGGAGACCCAAAAAUAUGAAAAUAAACUAAAUUGACUCAUGGAUAUAUUGGCUUGUUUGCAAAUUCUUAAAGUCUCCAAAUACCUAAUCUAUGUGGAAGAUAUCCUCAAUAUGUCUUUGAGGAGUUACAUAUCACUGAUCAGGAAUAUAGGAUGGCAAACCAAUGGACUGUGCAGAGUUGACCAAUCUCUUUGGUCGAGAUGUCUGACAUUUUGGUCCUGGACUCAUGCUAGGUCAGAAAGGUCUGAAAUGUAAAAAGUAAAUGUUUCCUCUGUAUUAGCACAAAUUAGCACUAAUUAACUGAAGGAUACUUAGUAUCAAAGUGUUCUAAACACCAACUGGUUAUGUCUAUAAUAUGCAUCAUUAUCCAAGAGAGCACUCUGUGACUCAGAAUGUUGUUGGUGGUCGAUUAUUCGUAGAGAGAAUUCAGUGCUGCACUACGAUACUCUAGUCAUCAGAUACAAAUACCACAGACCAUUAGACUAAUGCUUUAAUAGUAAAAUGAGCUCAUGGGCCCAUUCUUCUAUUCUAAUGGAAUAUAUUUUAAAAUAGAUGCUGCCACACAGUUCCUUCAGAAAAACAAUAAUAUAAAUUCUGUAAAGCACAUCCAUUACAAUAAUGCUGUAUCCCGUAUCACAAAAAUAUGAUGUGUCUGUUCCAACCGAUGGGGACUGAAUAUAGCUUGGGCCCCCAGUCUUGGAUCCCGACCCAGGGUAGAGAGACACUUUCUUCACACAUUGCAGCAAUCUGGUCAGAAAUAAGUAUCAUAGUUACCAUUACCUUGCAAACAGGAACCCAGGUUCAAAUCCUGGACAACCUCAGACAACCUCCCCAGCAAGUGCCCCUUGGCAGGACACCAAUGGAUAUAUAUCUGCUUAUCACAAACCCUCAUAGAUUGUAAGCUCUUUUGUGCAGGGCCUUCUUCACUUUAAAAUAUGCCCUUUCUAUCAUUUUUAUUGAAAGUGUUGAUAUUAUAAAAAUGCCAAUAAUAAUGAUAUAUUUUAGGGAUAUCGUACAUACUCUUUGAGACUCGGAUUGGCUGCCUGGAGAAGCAAAUCUCACCAGAUACCCAGGGGUUUAUUGAUUCCAUUGGUGGUGCGCUCAAGUACGCUGUCUUGGUAACUUUCUUUCCACAGUGGACCAAAUCAUUUCUGCCCAUCUGGGAUCGCUAUAUAGCCUACUGGGAUCAUAUGUUCCACUUUGGUGAGCAUUAUCGUUGUAAAAUCUUUUUUUUAUCCAUUCCACAUUGGGCUUUUUUUCCCCGAUAGCUUGGCAUUUAUCUGCAUUGGUUGAUGAAUCGCUUCUAUUUUGCAUAGGGAAAGUGUUGAUUGACAACAAAAUGAAUUCGAUCCAGGAGCGUUUGGAUCGUGGUGAAGAGGUGAAAGGUGAAUACCUGACAUACUUGCUUUCCAGCGGUAAACUAACCGUUAAGGAAGUUUACUCCAGCGUCACAGAACUGCUAUUGGCUGGUGUUGACACAGUACGUAAAUUAUAUUAAAGGAACUCUUUCUUUCAGUAUUAUAAAUAAAAGAGUAUGUUGACGAACACAAAUAUUUUAAACUGAUAAAGUAGGAGCUAACUCAUUCUCAAAUGUAUUUGCAGAUCCUACAAUCAUUGCAUGGGUUGAGGAUGGGGGCUGCAAUGAUUGAAGGAUCUGCAGCUAAAUCAAAUUUUCACUACUGAUGGCAAUACAAAAAAAAAGCACAAAUAGUGUAAGGACACCAAGAAUGUAAGGACACCAAUAGUGUAAGGACACCGAGAAUGUAAGGACACCAAUAGUGUAAGGACACAACUAGUGUCAGAACUAAUUGAUCAUGAGCUGAUAAAUUAUAUUCCUGUGGUCCAGCAUGGAAACUCUUAAUUGGGACAACUUACGCUGAAUUUGAAAAAAACACUUACAUGAUUUCUAAAGAGUAUGGUUGUUUAUAAAACUCCAUUCUGAAUAGUUGUGGUGCUAGAUAAUCUUCAUUCUCUGAAAAUGACUGCUUCUAGCACUGCUACCCCUUUGCUGCAGAGUAAAGUGUGAUAUUGUAUUGCUACCUAAUAGCAAUGAAAUUUGCUAUAAUAAUGUCCUCUUCUCUCUCCAGACAUCAAACACAUUAACUUGGACUAUGUUCCUACUGUCAAAACACCCAGAGAUCCAGGAUCAGCUUUUUAAAGAGGUAUCGUCAGUAAUUCCAGGACGAAAGAUACCAACUUCGGAUGAUAUCAACAAUAUGCCACUGUUGAAGGCUGUGAUUAGAGAAUCACUGAGGUAGGCUCCUCUGGGCUCUUCACCAUCUAAAAUAUCUAACUGCCGAAAAUAUACGGUGAAAUCCUAUGUUGUGAUUACUGAUUUCUAUUUCAAUAACUAGGACUGUUCAUUUAUAAUAUGUAUCAAAGUAGUUGGGCUCACUCUAUUCUAUGGUUUUAGGAUUUAUCCUGCUGUAGCAACCAAUUCGAGAGUCGUGGUCGAGAAACCAAUGGUCGUAGGAGAUUACUGCUUCCCAGAAGGCGUAAGUAGAAAAUGUGCAUAUAUUUUGUAGAGACUGGUACGCCCAUAACUGUAAUGGUGUGCUCAUUUCUAAAAACACCAAAAAAUGUUGGGGUCCCAUAAAGUACUAACAAUUAGAGAGACAAAUGGUUAAGGAAUUACAACACUUUGUAAAAACGGCUUCGAUUUGAUAAGUUUGAUAAGCAAAACAGUUCCAAACAUUUAACAUUUUUAGAUAAACUUUUAAAGUGAUUAAAUAUUUUGACAAAUAUUUUUUAGUUUUUAGUGUUCUGAUAUUUUGUAGAUAUUUUGUCAUUUUUAUAUAUAUGAUAUUUUUGUUAUUUUAAUAUGUUAAAAGAAAUAUUUUAAAAGUUAUUUAAAAUAUUAAAUAAUUUGAAAAGAUUAUCCAACAAUAUUAAAUUGAGGCCCUUGUGUUUACUUAUUCCAUAAAUGUAUUUAUAGACAUCUUGGGUAAAUGUGACGAAAUGAGGCAAGGAAACGAGUGAAAUAUUUCUGAUGUUCACCUUUGUCAUAAACCAGUUUCCGUUUGUUCUAUGUUUCAAUGCUACUGAUCUGCUUCUAUGCCUCAACUAGUGUUCCAUAAAAUGUGUCAAUUUGUGGAUCCUUCCAUGAAGCUUCUUUCAAUCUUACAAGAUUCCUUGAGAUAUCAGAAUUAUUAGUGGACUUGAAGGUGUUUAAAGUCUUUGCCAAUUGUGUAAAUCAUGUUACUCCUGAGAACUAAGACUAUGUAUUAUUCUGGAUUUUAUAUACAGACUCAAUUUACUCUGGGUCAUUACCAAAUUGCCAGAGAAGAGGCCAACUUUCCUGAACCCACCAAAUUUAUUCCUCAACGCUGGUUCCGAGACCAGCGAGUAAAGAAUAACCCUUUCAGUGCAAUCCCCUUUGGGCAUGGAAUUCGAGCCUGCGUGGGGAGGCGGAUAGCAGAGCUGGAAAUGUACCUGGCGUUAUCUCGGGUAAGUGAGCGCCACAACCCACUCCUAGGUGGAGGGGAUCACAAGGGUCAUAAUGAUCUGAGCUUUUGCUUUCCUAAAUUGAAACAUAGUUAUUAUAUAUUUAUAGUGAUGCAAUGCAAAAUUUAUGUUAGGUGUAAGAGCCUUCUUUGUAUUUUUUGAAAGAUUUAUCAAAGAUAAUUUGUGAGGAGUUAACUAGUGGGCUUUGCCUUUCUCAAUUAAGAAAUACAAUAUAUAUGUUUAUGUAUGUAUAUAAAGCUCUCUCCAGGAUAAAGAUGUCGUUGAAGUAACCCCCUAGCUAGUGCCGCCCAAGGCAAAUGCCUAGUUUGCCUUGGGCUUAAUACACCACUGACUGCAUAGACGCCAUUAGCCACUACCCAGCAUAUUAAAUUUAUAGCAAGUUCUACCUUUUUGCUUAUCAAGAGUUGUAACCUUUCACAUGUUUAAAUAAAAGUUGGUUCUUAUUUUUCCUCUUUCUUUUUUUUUUUAACUUUCACUGCAUCGCCCUGGGAUAUUCUGCCAGCGGGGAAUAAAACAAGACAGUUGUAUACCCAUAAAGUGAUUGGGUCACCAGUCCACUCACUCUGUGGAAUACCUCAUAUUAAAGGACACUACUGGCACCCAGAACACGUCCUCUCAAUGAAGUCCUCUGGGUGCAGCGGCACUAAAGUUUUAACCCUGCAAUGUAAAGCUUUGCUGUUUUGUAAAAACAUCAAUAUUUCCAUUGCAGGAUUAAAACACACUAACUCGAGUCAAACUCAGUCCAUAUGCAGCAUUUGAUUGGUGCAGUGUGGUGAACCCCCACAGGGAAGCAUUGGAUUAGCUGAAAUCAUCAAGAUAGAUAAUCUCAGCCAAAGAGACGGGGCAGGUAAGGAGAGCAGCACGGCAGGGAAGUUAGGUAAGUCCAAAUGCUUUUUUACUUAAUACACUAGGGGGAGCUGGACACCUAAACUGUUGAUAGAAGACUGUAGUCUCACUAUAGUGUUAUUUAAUAAUGAUAUAAACUUUAAGAAGUAGGUUACUAACUCUGUACUGUCUAUUGUAUUCCGCAAUAUGAAGUCUACAGCGGUCUUUAUGAAUUUAUCUCAAAUGUAAUUGUGUUUCAUCCUCAGAUAAUACAGAAGUAUGAGAUAAAACCAGACCCCAAGGGUGCAAAGAUCAGAUCCGUAGCAAGACUCGCCCUGGUCCCUAACAAACCUAUAAGGCUGGAAUUUCAUGUGAGAGAUCAGUGGGCUGCGCACUCCUCGUGA